UUGUACAGUACAGUAUAGUAUACAUACCUCAUUUAAACGACGCGGACGUCGCGUUGUUCUUGGAAUUAAAAUAUUUUCAUCUUCCAAAAAUCGUUUAUAUGGUCCUCUUUUCAUAUUUUUAACGUACGCAAAAUUAACUUUGAAACAACAAUUACACACGGACGACGAGACAUAAGGCCUGUUCUUUUUAGCUGAACUGGCUGCACUAAUUCAGAGUUUAUCUUUCUUCUUUUAACGUGGAGGGAAGAAGAUAAACUGUGAACUAGUGCAGUCAGUUCAGCUAAAAAGAACAGGCUUACAAUUACAAUUUUACAAAUGUGAGCGGGAGACAAAGCAAUGCAGCUGAGAAAGAAAAAUCAAAAUAUCGCUCGUACACCAGCAAAUACAGAUGCAAGGAUAUAAUUCGGACCAAUGAGCGUUUAGCAUUGGACCGCCAAUUUGAAAAUCGGACCAAUCCCAACUAGUGAUAGAAUUUCGCGCCCGAAAACAUAUGCAGCACGCAUGUAGCACCGGCCACGCCGCACACAACACGCUCGCAUGGCGCGCACUGAACCUAACCAAGCGUGUGUCAUAUAUAGAUAGAGCAUUUCAACGUGCGUACGUGCAUGUGUGUGUAGCGUGCUACGUGAUUUCGGACUUGUAUUCACAUCUCGAUCCGCGCCUUGCAAGAGAUUUCGUGUUAGUUUUACGUUUCUUCGUUCUAGUGAACGACAAACAACGAUACAGUAAUGACGAAUUUGCACAUGAUAGAUGACACACAAUGUUUAAUUUAUGAGUUCACAAACGAGAGUCACAAAAUUGCAGUAGGGUUCCGCGAAUGGUUGUGUAAGAAAGUGACUGAUAGUGAAUUGCGAGAAAUUAUCAAUGAAGAAAAACAAGUUACAUUGCAAUGGCCUGAUGUGGAUGUCGGACCAGCGGCUACUAUAAAAAAAAAAUAGAUUCAUGUUCAUGGAUGCAAACCACGGCAAAAAUUUUAGCUCAUGGUGGAACCUGCAUAUCAGGUUACUACAUUAAACGAAUAAAUUAUGGAAUGGACAGACAUGUGCACUCGUCGAUCUAAUUUGGAAAAAUAUGGGUUUAUGAAGUCUUCUAAAAGUGAGCGAAAAGAAAUAAAAAGAAAAUGCGUAAGUGACGAAAGCGAUGAUGAAGAUAAAACUAAAUCAAAGAAGAAAGUCUCCAAAUCUAAAAAACAUACUCAAUCCGUUGAGGUAAAAAAUAAAAAUAAACUGUGGAUGCAGUUGAAAAAUGACAAGCAGUUCGAAAGAAAGAUUACAAUUUCGGAUGAUGAGAACGAUGACAAUUCGUCAGAAAUGACAGCAAAGCUACAAGCUAAAGUCGUCACACUUGAGAAAGAGAUCGAAAGACUAAAAAAUGACAAUAAACGUUUGAGAACUUUAAAAACAAUAAACGAAGAUCUGUCAGUAAUAGAUAGCCAAAUAAAAAAUAUAAUGUCAAAUCUGACACAAAUUUUAAAAAAAACGGCGCACACAAAUGAAGAUUUCAACGAACAAAUUAUUCAAAAUGAGAGUCAAGAACUUGAGACACCAGCAAUUGGUAAUAACGUUUCUUCAAUUGAAGAAGACGUAGUUGAGCGUAAGAAAGAAAACGUGGUAAAGCAUGAGAAAGAAAACGUGGUUAAACAUGAGGAAGAGAACGUUAUGCGUGAGGAACCAAUACAUUUCCAUAUAAAGAAAGAAAUUCUGGAUAAAUGCAAUCAUUCGAGUAUUGCUAAAUUGACUGGAGAUCUCACUUCAGCAAUAUUUUCUCGAAAAGAACUUGCUACCUCAUCGUUAACGGGCAAAGUAGCCAAUAUUCAUAAAAAUAAAAAUACGUCUGCAGCCAAGGAAAAAGAAAAACUCAGCCCUCGGAGAGUAGAUGCCAUUAUGUCUUAUGUGCAAUCGACUUUCACAAGAAGUGAAGACACUGUUAAAGAAAUACAAAGAGCCAUUCGUCGCAAAUGCAAUAAUACUCGUAUGCAGUAAUACUCGUAUCAGAAUAUACAAAAAUAGUACAAAUUA